AUGAGUAAAAAACGUGUUCCUCAAAACGUACUCAUGCAAGCAGAUUUCCACCCUGCGAAUUGGAAAAGGCAAUCUGUAAGCGAAGGGAGCUUUGCCUCAAGUCUGCAUGACUCCCAAGAGUCUGACUCUGAAAGCCUUGUUCAGGAGAGACGGUAUCAGUUAGAACUCCAGCAGCGGAUUCGUGAAACUGAAGAGCUGGUAGGACUGUAUUCUGAUGAGUUGGAGAAUGACAGCUUGGAAGAAGAUAGGUUGGAGGAGAUGAGUUUAAAAGAACACGAAGGAGGAGCUGAGUAUGACACAAAUCAAUACACAAAUGGAAUACAAAAGAAUGAUGGUAAUGGAAGGAAGCAACAGCCUGUGGACAAAUAUUUCAGCCUAAGAUACAAUCCUAACUGGAAGAACACAAAAGAGGUAGCAGAAUUUUCUGAGGCAGAAAAAACACAUCAAGUUGCCAGAGGAAGCAGUGUGGACUUUUCACAAGAUUCAUUUUACCUCCAUUCCAGUGGCUCCCCAGAAGAAAAGAAUCAACAGGAGGCAAAGUCACAAAAUUCAUUCUCAGAGUUUGGUACAGAAUUACUAAGUUUUCAUGAACCAAAUGCCAUGGUCAGUAAUAAACCUUUUAGGUUACAUACCAAAGGGAAGGACUCUGCAGACGGCUGUCGUUUCAAAGAUAGUCCCAGUACAUAUGGCAGUGCUUUUUCUCUUCAGAUUCAAGAGCGCCGACCACAAAGAGCAAAAAAAGACUUUGUGGAAAAAAAUAAACGGACUUUAGGAUUACAUUCAGAGAAGAUAAAUUCCUAUCUGCAAUUACACAAUAAAAAGCAAGAAGUUCUUCAAGAGCAGGUUACAGAUCCUAAAACUGUUGAUGAGGAACCAGUUCAGAGUGUCCUACCAUUCCAGACUGUGAAAAUGGCGCCUGAAGACAAAUGGUACCUGAAAGCACAGCAGCUCAAGGAUCACCAAAACAAAUCCUCCCAGAGAAAUAAAACAAAAUCCAACCAGAGUCUCAAAGGCAGAGCUUUCACAAGGAAUGAAAGCCAACAACCACCAGGAAGACCAGCAGAACCGAAGUCUUGGUACCACAGGCACCAACAAAUACCAGAAUUUCAGACUGCUCCCAUGCAGGCAGUGGAGCAAGACAACAGGACCACACUGCAGAAAUGGCUGUAUCCAAGUCCUUCUGUUGGCCUUGACACUAAUACAGCAGCAAAUUCAGAUUCUUGCUUAAAUAAUUUCCCAAAUUCAAGACAUUUUGAGAACAAGAAAUAUCAGCAUGAUUCUCCAAAUAGCCUUCCACAUGACCAGCAACCUUUAUACAACCAUGUCACUGUGCAGCUUUUUGCAAGAGAUAACAGUACCAAUGGUCAAGCACAUCCAAAUCGGAGGAAUAUUUCAUCUACUUUUAAUGCCAAUUUUCAAGAAUUGGUGAAGGAUCAAGUAUCAUUUCAGGAUUGCAAAAGACUCAUUUAUGCAGAUAAAAGGUAUCAGAACUAUGCUAUCAGUAGUUUAUGGCCUUCUCAAUCUUCUGUUCACAGUUCACUAGCAGCCCCUUGUACAAGCUCCCAAUUUACACACAUGAUGGAGCAACAUCACCAAGAAAUCAGUCGUUUGACAGAAGCUCACUUAGCUGACACGCACUUCUUCAGCCUACUUCCACCUAUAAUCCCACAGGUAGAAAGUGGUUCAGAGGUAGAUCCAGAGAGUGGUGAAGGAAAUCAAGUGAAAAUAAGCCGAAGUAACUCAGAAGGAUAUCUCAAGCAAAUGGAAAAGCAAAACCAGCCUAAAGUCAGCAAGAAGCCAUAUAGCUCAAAAGCCUACAUAAACCUGAAUGUGAAGCUUGGAGGCCUUGGACCUGACUAUGAAUCCAUCAAAGAGAAAAAAGAGAAGUUAAAGCAACAAAGGGAAUACGCAAAGCAAAUUAAGGAACAUAAUAUGAAAAACAUUGCUUCAGUUCAGAGGUUACCUACAAAACCCCAGGUCAUAUCUUCAGUGUCAAGACAGAAGGCGCUGGAAUAUGCUAAGAAGAUUCCUAGACCAAAGACUUUCAUGGCAAGACAAUCAGAUGAAGAGGUCAAAGAGGAAAGUGUUCUGCCACAGACUUUAAAUGGAGACAGUUUACCUCAGAUUGCAUCCUUAGAAACUUUGCAAAAUAGACACGAGAAGGAGAAGCAAGUUGUAGCUGCUUUCAGAACCCUUCAUAUCUUAUAA